CGCUCAACACCAACAAGUGCAAAAAUGGCCUUUAAGUUCGUCAUUUUCUCCUGCCUCCUGGCCAUCGCCCGCGCCGGUUUGGCUCCCCACGCCGCUCCAGUAGCGGCAAGAUUAGAAGAGUUUGACGCUGUUCCCCAAUACCGAUUCGGUUACGACGUGGCUGAUACUCUGACUGGUGACUACAAAAGCCAAACUGAGCAGCGUGACGGUGAUAUCGUUCAAGGGCAGUAUUCCCUCGUAGACCCUGAUGGCACCCGACGUGUUGUCGAUUACACUGCUGAUUCCGUGAAUGGUUUCAACGUUGUUGUCCGCAAGGAGCCUCUUGUGGCUGCUGCCCUAGCUGUUGUGCCGGCGCGUUACGCUGCAGCACCAGUCACCCCAGUUGCUGCCCCUGCUGCCCCAGUGGUGGCUAGAUACACCGCCCCGGUGACAAGAUACGCUGCCUACACUGCACCAGUUGCUGCUGACUAUACUGCUCCUGUCGCGGCUGCCUACGCUGCUCCGGUCGCGGCCACACCCUUUGCGGCUGCUUACACCGCCCCAGUUGCGGCUGCCUACACUUCUUCUUACACCGCUAAUGGUCCGGUCGCUCGCUUCGCAGUCUAUACGGGCGCUGUCCCCGCCGCCUACACAGCUCCAGUCGCACCCGUGGCGAGAUUCGCCGCUCCCUUCACCUACAAAUACGCUGCUGCCGCUCCUGUUGUCGCGGUCUAAACAUUUCCAACUCCUUAUUAGGACUGAUUAUGGCUAGUUAAAUAAAUAAUAACGUUUUUUUAUUCU